UUCCGGUGAGUGAGUUGUCAACAAACCUGCAAAUGAGACAUUUGGAGGAUGAAACCAUCAUGGCUCCUUUUCACAAUAAAGAAUCUCUGACAAGAAAGGCACAUGCCAGCAGUCCUCCAAAUGUGUAUGGUUUGAUUUUGAUUGGGGUCAUCACAUUCCUCUGUGAAUGGAACACAGCAGAUACAGUGGACGUGAAGCCACAGAAGGAAGUCUACAUUCCUGACUACACAAUAUAUCAUAACUUGACAUCCAUACAAAAAGAUGUUCAACAGCUGCUCUUUCUGUACCCCAAUUUCAUGAAGAUUGAUUGGAAGUACAACUCGAGGCUGGGCAAACCACAGAUGCUUCUCCACAUCACAAACUUCACACAGAAUACAGAUGCCAACCAGAAGGAUGGAAGCAAGGUGAAAAUGUUGUUGUCAUAUGGGGAACACGCUCGAGAAUUCUUCCCAGUUGAAAGCAUGUUCCAUCUUUUGCGGAACCUCACUGAUGGACUUGGGUCAGCACCUGGUAGUUAUGAGGAACUAUAUUCCAGACAUGUACUGUCCAGUACUGACUUGCACAUCAUAGUAAUGGCUAACCCAGAUGGACGUGUGUACGUCGAACACUCCCAUAAUUACUGUUGGCGAGGAACAAGUACAGGUGUUGAUCUCAAUAGGAACUUUGACUGGGAGUAUGCAAAGAAGGGCAGUUCAGCUGAUCCUAAUGAUGAGGAAUAUAGAGGCCCCCAUGCUUUCUCAGAACCUGAAUGCAAUGUUUACAAACACCUCACUCAGGAAAUGCACUUUGAUCUCUACAUUUCGUUUCACUCAGGGAUUAGACAGAUAUAUUUACCUUUUGCUGAUACUCAUUCCAACAUCAUCAACAGACAACCAGCUAACAUACGGGGUAUCAAGGAGUUAGCAGCACGUCUCGCCUCCUCAACCACACACAGAUACGAGUACGGGAAGGCGAUGGAUCUCACCUUCUAUACAGCUGACGGGACGUCCUUCGACUACAUGGCAGGACACAGAAAGAUACCCUUUUCUUUAGCUAUAGAGCUAUGGGGCAGUGACGCACAUGUUGGAGCCAGCUGCUUUGACCAGUUCAACCCUCGGAGUGGAGACUUAAAGCAUGAAAUAGCAGAGAUCCAUCCUCUGUAUGUCUCGCUGUUUGACUACAUGAUUCACUGGAAACAGCGGAGAUCCAACAAGCCCCGAGGUGCUCUGAUCACAAAACACCGUCACCCUUUACAGGAGCCGACACCAUCGCACACAUUAAGCUAUCUUUUGAUGGCAACAGUUGUCAUAGUGAUACUUAUCCUGGCAUUCCAAGGACGUCUUCUGUUUUGUCAGCGAUGGCAACAUCGACGACGCAUCAUCAGCUUGAAGACUCUAAGCUCUACACUAUCUUUGUGGGGCUUUGUCAAGUCCAUUUGAACCAUGCAUUUAAGCAUCAUCCUUCCAUCAACUUUCUGUGUGAUAUUCAAUAGUGUAACACUGGUUUCAUGUUGAAUCACUAUGGCAACCCAGCUGAUAUGCUACAGUCCUCCUGUACAUUGAUUCCUGCAUUUAUUAUUAUUAUCAAAGACAUUGACAAUCUUCAAAGAUGCUUUCAUUCUGGCAGAUUGUGUUAACGCAGUGUAAAUGAUUAUAAUGCAUAAUUCCUCAGCUUCCAUUCCGUCAAAAGCUUAUAUGUGUUCUUCAUCCAUGACGAUGAUCUCUGUGUUUUCAAUAUAUGAUCUGGGUACACUAUGUGAAGCCCAUUUCUGGUGUCCUCCGCCGUGAUAUUGCUGGAUACUGUUGCUGAUAUCGCUAAGAGUGGCGUAAAACUAAACUCACUCACUCACCCAAAUAUAUGAUCAUAUAUAAACAUAUGAUCAUUCGGGGUGAAGACCUGAAACAUUUAUGAAGCCAGUAGUGAUAACAUGAUGAUAUUCUAUUGUAGAUUCCUCUUUAGAUCAUACUAGUUUCCUGACCACUCGUGAUACUUUGAGUUCGCCAUAUGAAGUACCAAAGACAGGCAUUCCACUGGUUUGUAUUUACUGUGCUCAGGAUCUUUGAUUCCAGACAUGCUUCGCUUGGACAUGGAUUUUGUUUGUUUUGUGUUUGUUUAGUUUGAAAUGUGAUUAUUUACCUGAUAUAUUAAUUCUUAAAUUUUAAAAAGUUAUUUACAUUAUAUUGUCAAAGAUAUAUUUAGAAUCUUGUUGGUACAUUGUACUGAUUUUAUAUUUAAACACAUAUUGUGAAUUACACAAGUCGUGCUAUAACUGGUGUUUUAUGGAAAAGUGUAGCAUGUUGAUUAAUACUUGCUUACUCUAAAUCAUUGAUGAAAGGUCUUUUUGAUGAAGUAAAAGCAUACAAAUACAAAUCAUAAGUCAAGAUUUGAUUAAUUUUCUCUCACUUUGUUUUUAGGAUAAUCUGUGAUUAUUGUACACAAAUUAUGCAAAAUACACCCAUUGCUUUUCCAGUAAUAUUUUAAAAUUUGUCAUCAGCCAACAUCAGCUGUGUUGAUUAACAUUACAAGGAAAUAAUUUCUAAAGCAAAAUGGACUGGUGGUUUCUUGAAAGACUACUCUCAUUUGAAACAUACAUCACAGUCAUAGGCUACAUUUUUAAUUAUUAAUAUGGCAAGUUAUUGAUGGCAAGUAUGUUAUAAUAUAAAAUUUGAAAAAGUUUGAUUAUGGUGCAGGCAAACUUUUGUGCCAAGUAUUUUUUUUGAUAUUCUACAUCACUGAAUGACUUUCAUUACCUGUUUAUUUUAUUGAUAUUGCUGUCAGACAUCCUUUCAUGGUGUUUUCCAUCCAUACAUGACAAUUUUAGUUGAUGGUUAAGUUUAAUGGAGUAAUUAAGCUGAAGUAUAAUUCUGUUCCUGUUUUAUUUUGGUUUUCUCUGUGUUAUUUAUCAGUAUUAAACUACUUAUGUGAGAUAUUCAAUGUCAGGGCAUUUCAUUACACUUGUUGGUUUUGUUUAGCAUUACUUAUUGCCUUGCAGGAAGCUUGAAUUCUUUAUGUAUGCUCAUGUUCACAGAUUGAGUGUUUGCUUGUUUUGUGAUAUUGAGCUUUCCAGAGUUGUAUACGUAUAGAAUCAGAUUAUCAACGCUUGUUUUGGUUUUGUUUAGCAUUACGUAUCGUAAUGCCUUGAUGGAAGCUUGAAUUCUUUAUGUAUGCUCACGUUCACAGAUUGAGUGUUUACUUGUUUUGUGAUAU